AAGUAUCGUGCAUCACAUAUGAUACACCGGACAGUCAACGUGUUAAACAAUCUUCUCGUUCACAAACAGGGUCAUCUUUAUUUCGUCGGAAAGCAAUAUUGAUCUUGAUUAUCAUUGCCGUUCUUAGUUUAAUAGCUAUCAUUAGUAUUACAAUAUGGUUUGUUUUCAUUAGAAAGGCUGAAACAACAGUUAAUGUAACUACAGCUACAACUGAUACAUCGAUAACAGAAACAACAAUUCUUACAACGUCGAUUAGUUGUCAUACAGCAACAAUGAAUGAAUCAAAGUUCAACAAAUGGAAACAAAAUUCCAUCACUGUAGCUGGUGGAAAUGGAUAUGGACAACAAUUAAAUCAACUCAAUGACCCCGAAGGAAUUUUUAUUGAUAAAAACAAAAAUAUUUUCAUUGCUGAUUGUGAUAAUCAUCGUAUUGUUGAAUGGAAAUAUAAUGCAAAACAGGGGCAAGUCAUUGCAGGUGGAAAUGGCAAAGGAAAUCGAACGGAUCAAUUGAAUAGUCCAACAGAUGUGAUUGUCGAUCAACAAAAUCAUUCAAUCAUUAUUGCUGAUCGGAGGAACAAACGAGUGAUUCAAUGGAUGAAUCAAAAUCAACAAAUUCUCAUUAACAAUAUUAACUGUUAUGGGUUGGCAAUGGAUAAACAUGGAUUUCUUUAUGUUUCUGAUUGGAAGAAGAGUAAGGUGAGACGAUGGAAAAUGGGAGAAUAUGACAGUAACGGAAUUGUAGUGGCAGGUGGAAAUGGAAAAGGUAAUGAACUCAAUCAACUCGAUCAUCCAACUUUUAUCUUUGUUGAUGAAGAUCAAUCUAUUUAUGUAUCAGAUAGCAGCAAUCAUCGUGUAAUGAAAUGGAGAAAAGAUGCGAAAGAAGGAAAAAUUGUGGCUGGAGGAAAUUGUCAUGGAAGGAAUCGCAAUCAAGUAUCUCAUCCUCGAGGAGUAAUUGUCGAUUACUUGGGUCAAAUCUAUGUGACAGAUUCUUCGAAGCAUCAAGUAAUGCGUUGGUGUGAAGGAGAAGAAGAAGGUGAAGUUGUCGUUGGUGGAAAUGGUCAAGGAACUCAAUCAAAUCAAUUGUUCGGUCCCGGUGAUUUAUCUUUUGAUGAUGAAGGAAAUCUUUAUGUUGUUAAUCAUUACAAUGAUCGAGUGGAAAAAUUUGAAGUAAUUUUGUGA